CAGUCCUGGAAGGAGAUGUCUCAGGGACUGGCCUGGGGUCCAAACUGGGGACCUCCAGGAGGUGGGCAGGCAUGCUGGGAUAAGGCAGCUAGCUGUCCUUGGACUUGGUCCCAAGGGAGUGCUGGCGGAAGCAACUGAAGUCACCAACCCUGCUGUUCCUACCAGGGCAACCCUGAGACGGCAGGGCAGGGAGCCGCCACACUGAUGCUGAGGGCCUCUGGGGAUGGAGAGUGGCCUGGCUGGCGCCAGCACAGGAGAUGGGCUGCUGAUGAAGAUCAAGCAAGAGAAGCCAGAGUGGCUGCUGCAGACAACCGUGCCGCAGGCCGCGCUUUCCGAGAAGGAUAAGGAAAACAUUUUCCAGCAGCAUCGGGGCCUCCCGCCAUGCCAGACCAUGGGGAAGCCUCGAGCCUUGGGGGAACAGGAGGAGACUGGGGGUCCAAGGUGGACCCCGCCCACUGAGCAGGACCGAAGGCUGGCCGACCGGGCUCCCGGGGCAGCCCCUGGCCCCCUGAGUCCUGCUCUUUCUGCCGUCGAGGGUCACUUUGUGUGCUUGGACUGCGGGAAGAGGUUCAGCUGGUGGUCGUCCCUGAAGAUCCACCAGCGCACCCACACCGGGGAGAAGCCCUACCUGUGCGCCAAGUGCGGCAAGAGCUUCAGCCAGAAGCCCAACCUGGCGCGCCACCAGCGGCACCACACGGGCGAGCGGCCCUUCUGCUGCCCCGACUGCGCCAGGCGCUUCAGCCAGAAGCAGCACCUGCUCAAGCACCAGAAGACUCACUCUCGGCCCGCCACGCUUUCGUGCCCCGAGUGCGAGCGCUGCUUCCGCCACCAGGUCGGCCUCCGCAUCCACCAGCGUGCGCACGCCCGGGACCGCCAGAGCGCCCGCGCUGGGCUGCACGAGCUGCUGCGGGACGCUGCAGCCCGCAGGGGCUGUCGCCUGCGGCCGGGGCCGCCGCGGGCGCGCCCCGAGUGGGCUUGGCUGGGGCUCUGCCAGGGCUGGUGGCGCCAGCCGGAGGCCCGGACCGCAGUCCCCACCGCGGCGGGGCCGGGCGAGCAGCGCCAGUUCAUCUGCAACGAGUGCGGCAAGAGCUUCACGUGGUGGUCGUCACUGAACAUCCACCAGCGCAUCCACACGGGCGAGCGGCCCUACCCGUGCCCCGAGUGCGGCCGCCGCUUCAGCCAAAAGCCCAACCUCACGCGGCACCUGCGCAACCACACGGGCGAGCGCCCGCACCCCUGCCAGCUCUGCGGCCGCAGCUUCCGCCAGAAGCAGCACCUGCUCAAGCACCAGCGCACGCACCUGCCCGGCGCCCAGGCGGCGCGCUGCCCCAGCUGCGGCCAGAGCUGCCCGAGCCCCGCGGCGCUGCGGGCCCACCAGCGCGCGCACGCCGCCGCCGAGGCCCAGCUGCUGUGCCCCGGGCCCGCCGGCCUGGGCGCCGCCCCGCGCUCCGAGACGCCGGUCGAGGCGCCCCCGGGCCUCUCGGCGCAGCCGCGCAGCCCUCAGCCAGCACUGGGGCCCGGGGGCGCGCUGUGGGGCCGGGCGCAGGCGGGCCUGGCCGGGCCGGGCGAGCAGCGCCAGUUCAUCUGCAACGAGUGCGGCAAGAGCUUCUCGUGGUGGUCGGCACUCACCAUCCACCGGCGCAUCCACACGGGCGAGCGGCCCUACCCGUGCCCCGAGUGCGGCCGCCGCUUCAGCCAGAAGCCCAACCUCACGCGGCACCGGCGCAACCACACGGGCGAGCGGCCCUACCUGUGCGCCGCCUGCGGCCGCGGCUUCAGCCAGAAGCAGCACCUGCUCAAACACCAGCGCGUCCACCGGGGGGCCCUGGCUCCCACCCCAGGCGCCAAGAACGAGGGGCUUUAGCGCCCCUGGACUCCCGCAGACCCGGGGGGAGGGGCUGUUUGCGGAGGUGCGGGUGGGGCAUGGGGAAUGGUCAGGAAUGGUGGCUUUUAGGACCCCAGGGCGUAAGACCCUAUCAAAAGGUGGUUCCCUCAAGGCUCUGAAGACCUGAGAACAGAAUUCCAGAAGCAUCCUAAAGAGGGACGGGGAAAGGUCCGGGAUGGGCUGAUCAAACGUUACUUGCCCUGGAGCGACGGUCUGUAUCCUUCCUGAGAGGUGGGACCCCAGCCCUCAGGCACCGAGUGAGGGGGCUGUGCGGCUCAGGGAGAGGCUCCUUGGUGUGAAAUGGCCUAGGACUGGACUGGUCAGCUGUAGCACCAGCCUGUCACCCUCGGGCUGCAGGAUGGCCAGGGGCUGGCCCAGUUGGAGAGUUUCAGGAGACUCAGUGAUACCACGGAUGGAAGCCAGAAGCUACGGCUCAGGAGGGGCAAGCAUAUCCGCAGAGCCAAGGGCAGGCCUGGCACUUGGUGGCCAUUCCGUACGUGUUUGGGGGAAGAGUGAGUGGUUCAAAUGGUCCUUCUAAACCCCCAGUGCACCGCAGCCCAGGGUGCUGUCAUGGCUGGCCUGACCCUAGGACUGGUAUGUGUGUGCUGGUCAGGGCGGGGGCAUGGGGUGGGCUCAGCUGAGGUUUGGCGGCUUGGGGAGGACUGCAGCAGGGGACUCAGAUGUGCUGCUCCUGCUGGUGGGCGGGCAUGCCGUGUGGCUGGCCGUCAGACCUGGAUCCCCAUCAAUGCUGGUGUUGCAGAAGAGGAAAAUGAAGGACUGACUAUCUCACGUGGGCUCAUUGUCCUUUCUAAGCUUCCCUUACUGAGCUCGGGUCUGUGUGUGCUCUGAGGGGUCCGUCUGCCCCAGGACCAGGACAGGGAGCUUUGGCCAUGAGCAUAGCAACUGCCCAGGCACAGUUCUUGCUGGCGGUGGAGGGCAGUAUUCUCUUCUCUCUCCAAGACAACUUGAUCUCUUCCCCCCACAGCCCUCGCGACCCCCAGCCCCCCAGAGGUCA